AUGGUUCUUCAAGAUCUAGGGCGGCGUAUUAACGCCGCCGUCAAUGACAUGACGAGGUCCAAUAACCUUGACGAGAAGGCCUUCGAUGAUAUGAUCAAGGAAAUUUGCGCUGCCCUCCUCUCCGCCGAUGUCAAUGUCCGUCUUGUCGGCACUCUCCGCAAGUCGAUCAAAGCCAGUGUCAACUUUGCCUCCCUCCCAGCUGCCGUCAACAAGAAGCGACUGAUCCAGAAGACCGUCUUCGACGAGCUGGUGAAGUUAGUCGACCCCCACGCAGAUUCCUUCCGUCCCAAGAAGGGUCGCUCAAAUGUGAUCAUGUUCGUUGGUUUGCAGGGUGCGGGUAAGACGACGACAUGUACAAAGCUCGCCCGCCACUACCAGACACGUGGGUUUAAGACGGCGCUGGUCUGCGCGGAUACCUUCCGUGCUGGUGCCUUCGAUCAGUUGAAGCAGAACGCCACCAAGGCAAAGAUUCCAUAUUACGGUAGUUUGACACAAACGGAUCCUGCUGUGGUGGCCGCCGAGGGUGUGGCCAAGUUCAAGAAGGAGCGAUUUGAUAUCAUCAUUGUCGAUACCAGUGGUCGUCAUCGUCAGGAAGAGGAGCUCUUCACUGAAAUGACCCAGAUUCAGACCGCCGUCACGCCAGACCAGACUAUUCUCGUGCUGGACAGCACGAUCGGUCAAUCUGCUGAGGCCCAGUCAUCUGCCUUUAAGGCCACGGCAGACUUUGGUGCUAUCAUUAUUACCAAGACUGACGGUCAUGCCGCCGGUGGUGGUGCUAUUUCGGCUGUUGCCGCAACCAACACCCCCAUUAUCUUCCUGGGUACUGGUGAGCACAUGAUGGACCUGGAGAGAUUCGAGCCCCGUGCCUUUGUUCAGAAGCUACUCGGUAUGGGUGAUGUCGCUGGACUUGUCGAGCACGUCCAAGCUAUCACCAAGGACUCUGCCGGUGCCAAGGAAACAUACAAGCACAUUGCAGAGGGUAUCUAUACACUCCGUGACUUCCGCGAAAACAUUACAUCUAUCAUGAAAAUGGGUCCUUUGUCUAAGCUGUCUGGAAUGAUUCCAGGUCUGUCAAACAUGACCCAGGGUCUGGAUGACGAGGACGGCUCGUUGAAGCUACGCCGCAUGAUCUACAUCUUCGACAGUAUGACAGCAGCUGAACUGGACGGCGAUGGCAUGAACUUCGUCGAGCAGCCUAGCCGCAUGGUCCGCAUUGCACACGGUAGUGGAACCACCGUCCGCGAGGUCGAGGAUGUUCUAUCCCAACACCGCAUGAUGGCCGGCAUGGCCAAGCGUGUUGGUGGACAGAAGAAACAGAUGCAGCGUGCACAGAAUAUGAUGAAGGGCGGAAACAAGGAUCAGAUGGCCGCUAUGCAGAAGCGUAUGGCUUCCAUGGGCGGUGCCGGUGGUAUGGGCGGUAUGGGUGGUAUGCCCGGCAUGCCCGACAUGGCCAAGAUGAUGCAGAUGAUGGGCGGCGGACAAGGCGGCGGCAUGCCCAACCUUGGAGGCAUGGAUCUGCAGAGCAUGAUGAGCCAGAUGAGUGGUCUGAUGGGUGGUAUGGGCGGUGGUGGUGGCGGUGGUGGACGUGGCAGAGGAGGACGUUAA